UUUGGAAGAGCAUACUAAAAAAAUGGAAGCUUCCAAAAAUGAAACAGAUGGCCACUGCCACUGUUUACCCAACUGAUUUCCAGUCUGCAAAACAUGGCAGGGAGCUCGACAAGAUUUUCAGGGCAGACAAAGUCCUGCCCCGAAUCAGAAUGCUGAGUCCAGGGGUAGCCCAAUUCCUGCCCCUAAUGAUGCAAAUAAUGUAAUGAUAUAAUGAUGUAGGAAGCAGUGAGAAGCUGAGAAAAUCACUUCCGUCAAUUUUUUAAACUUCUGCACCAGAUUUUCCUGCUUCUGCCCCAGUAUUCCGGAAACCUGCCCCUAUUUCUGCCCCGACCUGCGGUGUCUGCCCAGACAAGAUCUCGUCGAAGAAUGCCACAUUUUGCAGACUGGACCAGGACUGAUUUAGUGUGGUGAUCACCCAGCUAUAUCACUAUUGUUAGCAGGAUGAUUGGUGUACCUACCUAUGUAUGGAUGGAUGUAUGGAUCAACUUCAUGAUUUGCCAGCUGAUUUGGUUAUCAGUAUUGUGAUCAGCCAGCUGACAGCCUUUUCAAAAAGUUGUUCAGCCAGCUGACUGCAUAAUCAUUUUCAUGAUAAACCAUAGGGCUGUUCGGGUGCUGCAAAAUAUUUUGCGCGACUGUGACAUCACACUUGUAUGAUGUCACUGCCCAUCCCGUCGAGCAAAAUCUUUCGCAGAACGCACCGAACACCUCAACAUAUUUUGCGCGAGACAAUCGUGCCGCUCCAUUCCAGCAAGCAGCGACGUAAUAACUAAUGAAAAACUUCACCAACCCAUUUCCAAUUUAUGCACCGACAAAAUAACACCAAACACUGCAUAAAUUCACUAUAGUUAACACUGCACACUUCGCCACUGUACGUUGUCUGCGCCAAGUCUGCACCACUUUUGCCUCCUGCAUCCUGAAAUUUUAGGAUGCGCGAAGCUGAAAGAUUUUGCAGAUGCCGAUGUCACACAUGUGACGUCAUACGGUGGUGGGCGGAGCAUAAGGCCUGAAAGGUCCCUACUGCGCAUGCAUGCUGCAAAAUUUUACAAUAGGAUGUGCGGGCCGAACAGCCCUCAUCAUGGAGGGCAUCUUUUCCUUAUCAUGUUUUUGAUUGUGUUUGGGAUCUGGCUACAGGAAGAAGCUGAGGUUGAGACUGAGGCCUGGUGCUUGGAUGAUCAGGGUGAGAAAGGCUCUACAGCAAAAACUGAAGACAGUAGCCGGGAGAAAAUAGCACGUUUCUUGCUUCGAUUGCAAUGUGAGCAUGGGAUGUCACGGGCUGCAACAUCUUUCGUGGCUAGUGAGAUAGGAGAAAUCGUCGACACCGCUCUUAAGGAGCAGAAUGAGAGCAGAGCAUCAAAGUCGUCUUCAGUUAAGCAGGCUUGUGAAGAGUUUGCAAGCGAGUAUAAAUUGAGCAAAUUCUGCCAUGAGGAGCUCUGCUACAUUGCACCUACGACUCAGAUCCUUACCACAGGGGGUGGUGAAUUCCAAUCCAGCUAUCAGUAUGUGGAUGUCAAGAAACAGCUGACAAGUCUCUUGGAAAAUGGCAGGCUGGAAAACUGCAAACGGGACAGAUUGGUCAAGCUUGUGCUCUACUUUGAUGAAUUUGGUGUGUGUAACCCUCUGCGGAAGAAAGCAUCUGAUUAUAGUCUGGGUGGUUGCUAUUUUGCGGUCGAUGAGGGCUUGUCAAUGUCGGUGCUGAGUGACAUUCAUCUCCUCCUACUAUGUCCUACAAAACUCAUCAAGCUUCAUGGUUUGAACACAGUCAUGAAGCCUGUGACAGAUUCCCUGUGUGACCUCUUGAACAAUGGCCUGGAUACUUGUGGCACUCAUUUUGAUAUCAAAGUGGAGUUUGUGUGUGGUGACAACCUGGGAGUGCAUAAGAUGGCGGGCUUCCAGGAAUCAUUUUCGUCAGGGCAGCGACCAUGCCGAACAUGCCACGCCACAAAUGAGGACUUUGGUACAAAGCUCACAGAGCAAGAGCUGACCCUUCGUACUGAGGAGGAGUACCAAGAAGAGCUGAACAUGUGUGAGAAUGGAGACAAUGAGGAAUCUCGAAAAGCAUUUGGUAUCAACUCAAAUGUGUGUUUGAUGAGCUGA